AUGGCGCAACGAUCUUUCAAGGACACGUUUGGCGAGGAGAUUGAUUACCACGCCGGUCCGCAGCCCGGUGGUAGCAUCCUGCCCACACCCGAACCGACCGACGAUGCGCAGACGACCGCCCUUAAGCUACGAGCUCUCUCCAAGGCUGUGGAGGAGGGCGCCAGCCUGGCUGUUCGCACCGGAUACAAGCGUGCAGUUCACUCGGGCCGCGACCCUGUCAUGAUCGCCAAGCAAAGAAUGACGGCUGCGGAGGCGGCGCAGUACGACUUUUGGGCGUUUGGGGGUGGGAUGCCUGACAUUAACUGGCAGGUCAGCGUGAAGGACGUCGGAGGCGCCGCCCUCUUUCCGUACCAUACUGAAGCGAUGCGUGCUAUCUGGAAGGACAACUCAAUUACGCACGAGAACGCGGCGUGGCUGCACUCUGAACUCAGGGCCUUUUUACCCCUCGUGAUCGCCGUGUCCAAGGUAUUUGCUGCCCGGCGAGACCUGGUUGGUGGUCAGGAGGCCCUCGCCGCAUUGGAGAUGGCCGAGUUGCAGACGGCUCGCAAGAUUAUUGGUACUGCAGUGGGCAACGUGAAUCAGGCUUUCGCCCGGCUGCGCGCCAUCUCUCGUGAUGUGAAUCAUUCGCGCCAGGUCAUAAAAGCUCGAGAGAACGCCCUCAAAAAGAAGAUGUCUCCGAACAAACAGAAGAAUGAAGGUGUUAAGAUCGAAGAUGUUAAGAAUGAAGGGGAUCCGGAAAGAAGGCUGGGCGGUAGCUUUGCAAUCUGA